ACGCUUCUCGUCGGGUGUUUAUUUCAUUCCAAGGAGUUUUCAAAUCCUCAUUCUUUGGAAAUGAAUGCGUUCCAUAUGAUUCUAUGGUUGGCAUAUCUGUUCAAGCAAUCUUCAGAACAGCUUACUAUAGUUGAAUACAGUGAGCUGUCGACUGAUUUAGAAGACAAUCAAGACCUUAUAGUGGGUAUACACAAUGACUACCGAAGAUGGGUGAAUCCAUCGGCUCAAAACAUGCUUAAAUUGCAUUGGAAUAACACAUUAUUAGCUAAAGCGAAGGAAUGGGCCAUGACCUGCAAUUUCAAUCACAGUGAUGAUAGUUAUCGCUUGUAUAACGGUGUAUAUGCUGGAGAAAACAUACUGAAUUCCUAUUAUCCAGUUUCUUGGUAUGAUGUUAUUACUGAUUGGUUCAAGGAAGGGGAAGAUUGGGUAUACGAAGUUGGGUCAGAAAGUGUGACAGGACAUUUUACCCAGAUUAUAUGGGCCCCUACUCAUUCUCUGGCAUGUUACUGUUCAGAAUGUGAUGGAGAUUCAUAUCAUUACUUUUACGUGUGCAUCUAUUUUCCUGCAGGGAACAGAAAAGAUGACAUAACUACUCCAUACAGUUCUGGAGCCUGGUGCAGCAAAUGUCCAAAUGACUGUGACAACCAAUUGUGCACAAACUAUUGCCCAUAUCAGGAUAUCAUUAAGAACUGCAAAGACGUGAAAGAUGCUUCGUUAUGCGGCAACCCAAGUCUACCGUGCGAUGCCACCUGCAUCUGUGGUUCUGACAAAAUAUAUUAGUCAUUUUCCCUUGACUGACUGUAAAAUGUACAUUCUUUGAGUUUUUACAAGCCAUGCUCAAUAUCUUUCUUUGUGUGCAUUUUACUCUGGGUCCUGAAAGAAACUACUUUUUAGUUCUUUGUUUAUCUCCCAAACCUCAUCUUGGGCCUCAACCAUAUGAUAAGGCAAUUUUCAAAACUUACGUGGAGCCCUCUGUGACGCAUGUGUUUUCUUCCCAUAAUGUAUAUUCUGAUGAUUUUAUUUCAAAUCCUAUAGUAAGAAUUCUGCUGUACUGUUUGUAUGAAUUGAAAUAAAGACAUUUGCAACUCAA